AUGUAUUUUAGAAAAGAGAGAGUGAAACUUCAUGGCAAAACUAACUUUGAAUAUAGAUCUCUAGGUAGAAAAAGACCAGAGGAUGCACCAAGAUUAGAGUUUCUAUCAACUGCAAGAGAAUAAAAAUUUGAUGAAGUAAUUGCUAAGCGAUUAGCUGCUACUAUCUAAAAUCCACUCUCUCAAUCUCAAGAAUUUUAUAAGAGUGCUCAUAAAACUAUUAAACAACAUCCUUAAAUAAGUCGUCCUAGGUAUAUUUUUAUUAGAUAAUAAGAUUUGCUCAUCUUGAAGAGAAACCAAAAAGAAAACCAGUUUGGGUUGGUGAUUCUUAUUUAGUUUAUACAGAUGUUGAUGGGAGAGAAGAUUAAGGGACUUAUCAAAAUAGAUCAUAAUCAAGUAAAUGUAUUUUUAUAUCUUAGCUACACAAAAGGUUGAUCUUGCUUAAGCUAAAAGAGAUGAGCAUGGUUAAGCAAUUUAGGAAACUUAAUUAGUGGGAAUGGAGGAAUAUGCUAAGAAUACAUUGGAAGGAAAAGUUGAUUUAACUAAGGUAAAGGAAAUUAGAAGAGCAAUCAGAAGAAGAUAUGCAAAUCGUAAGAAUUUUUAGAAGAUUUUUACACUUUGGGAUGAAGAAGGAAAAGGAAAAGUUACUGUUAAGAACAUUUAUCAUAUGAUUAAAAAACUAGGCUUAAAUAUGAAUUUAGAUGAAGUUCGAGUAUUGGUAGCAAGUGCUGAUGAAGAUUAUAGUGGAGAUUUGAAUCUAGAUGAAUUCAUGAAUUUAAUAUUUAAUGAUAAUGAGGCUUUAAAUGUUGAUUUGGGAAAAUUAAAAACUCUAAAUGGUGAAUAAGAAUAGUUACUAUUAGAAGGAGAAGAUGAUUAAAUAUAGGAUGUAUUAAGAGAGAAAAUGCAAGCACAGAUUGAGAAUAGAUAAUUUAAUUAAAUGAAUUUAAUAUUAAAGAAUAAGUUAUCUUAAUUGAAUAAUGCCUUUUAAGAAUUAGAUCCAUCAAAAUAGGGACAUGUAAAUUUUGAAAGAUUCAGUGAAGCUAUUUAGAAGUAAUUUAUUAUAUUUAUAAAAGAUUAUAAAUAUCUGAAAAGAUUGUUAAUGAUGAAAUAAUUAAGAAGUUCUAUGAUAAAUUUAAAAAGGAUGAAUAUUAAAUUGAUUAUAGGAACUUUUUAAAACAUUUGAAAGAAUUUGAAUUAUAAAGUCAAUAUGUUUAAAAGGAAGAAAAGAAAUAGAAACCAGUUAUGACUAUAUCUUUAAAUCCUUUGUAAUAAGAAGAGAAAGUACAUAUUUUUGAUUGUACAAAAAUCAAUUCUCAUCACUUAAAUAAUUUAAGAUAAAGAGCAACUAGAAUGAUUAAAGUAUUAUAGAGAUAUCUACCUGAAAAAAAUUAAUUUGUUGAUUAGAUUCUCAAUCCUCUCAAAGAUCAAUACAUAAAUGCACCAGAUCUCACAAAUUAAUUAUAAUCUUAUCUAUCAAAUUGUGGAGAGAAGAUUGAUACUAAAGAUUUAGGUGCAUUACUCUCUAUAAUUCAAUAUAAUAAUUUAUAAGUUCCAAAAGAUAUGGUGGGUUUUUAUGUUUAUGAAGAAGGAGAUGAUGAUUUUUAUGAGAGAUGUUCUUAAAAGAGAAAAGGACCUGCACCAUUAAAUAAGGCUGUAGAAUUAACUUUACCUCCUUAAGAUACUUAAAAAUCUUCAUUCUAUGAUCCAGGAUUUGGAUUAUCAUCUUUAUCUAAUAAAUUUUCACCUGAAAUGGGUCAAAUGUUAUAAAAAGUGGAGUAAUGUAUCUUUAAAGCAAGUGCUCGAUAAUAUGACAUAUACAAUUCAUUUGAUAAAGAUAAGGAUGGUAAAUCUUAAUAUCAAUAUUAGGUUAUAUAUCUCAUGAGGAUUUAAAAAAGAAACUCUAAGAGUUACAUAUUUUAUCAAAAGAUGAAGAAUAAUUACUUAUUCAUUAUUUGGAUCCAGAAAAGAAGGGUUCAGUUAAUUUUUAAGAAUUUUCAUCUAAAUUAUAUCCUGGAAUGACAUUGUAUGAUAGCAAAGGAUGUGUAGGAGUAGUACCUUCUUUAUAUCCUGCCAAAGAAAGAAAUGAAAAUAUGAAGACUAAAUUACCAUAAAUAACUAGAUCAUUUGAGGAGACUUCAUAAAGCAUGUAAUAAUUAAAAGGGGCUACUCGUUUUGGGGCAACCCCAUAACAUAAAAACACUUUUUUAAAUGUUUAAAGGCCUCCAUAAGAUUCUGCAUUAUUUUUGAAUGAGGAUGGAAGAUUUGAGAAGAAUGCUCGUUUACGAUAUUUGAGGGAAGAUCAAGAGAAAGAAAAGAAUAUAUAUGAGAAUAAACUAAAUCGCAUAAGAAAGCAUUAGAAUGAAAUAUAGGAGAGAAUUGAGUAGAAUUAUUAAAUGUCAAUAUAAAAGGAUAGUGAAAAAUGUAAAACAAAAGGAUUAGCAGCAUGGAGUUAUGAAUAAAGAGCUCAUAUGUAAAAUGAUUGGAAAUGA